AGCUGAUCGAUCAAGCAAAUUUAUCAGGAGCAUAUUUUAAUUGCCGGUCCGGCAGAGGCCGCAAAUUAAAUGUAAUUAAUUUGGCGUCAAAAUUAAUAAUUAUUAAGUGUUUGGCAUGUACAACUCGGCCAAACAGUUGCAGCGUGUGCUAACAGCACGAGAGAUUCGGAAAACGUUCAUUGACUACUUCACCAUCAGCCAUGAACACAAAUUCGUACGCUCCAGCCCAGUGGUGCCCUUCUGUGAUCCCACUGUGGCCUUUGUGAAUGCAGGCAUGAAUCAGUUUAAAUCCGUAUUUCUCGGCACAGCAGCGGCGCCGCACAAACGUGUGGUCAACUCCCAGAAAUGUGUGCGAGUGGGAGGCAAGCAUAAUGAUCUAUCUGUUGUCGGUCAAGAUGGUUAUCAUCAUACGUUCUUUGAGAUGUUGGGCAAUUGGUCAUUUAGGGAUUAUUUUAAGCGUGAAGCCUGUUCCAUGGCUUUGGAGUUGCUGCGUGGACCCUAUAAUAUAGAUACCAGACGUCUAUAUGUCACAUAUUUCGCUGGUGAUAAGGUUUUAGGAAUACCAGCAGACUUGGAAUGCUUUGAAAUUUGGCGCAGCUUGGGUUUUCCCUCUUCACGAAUUUUACCCUUUGGCUGUCGCGAUAAUUUUUGGGAAAUGGGUACAACUGGUCCUUGUGGACCGUGCACAGAAAUCCAUAUAGAUCAUCAACCCGAGCUCGCUUCUGUGGACGAACGAGCCAAAUUGGUCAAUGCGGGUCGCUCGGAUCUCACAGAGCUUUGGAAUUUAGUUUUUAUCCAAUACAAUCGACAUUCAGAUGGAUCAAUUACCCAAUUACCGUCGCAUCAUGUGGACACUGGAAUGGGUUUUGAACGUUUAACAGCGAUUUUGCAAAAUAAGUCUUCGAAUUAUGACACCGAUCUAUUUACACCCAUUUUCGAUAGCAUUCAUCAGCUGUCGAGGGCUCCUGCCUAUACGGGAAGCUUUCAAAAGGAUGCGGUUCUGGACACAAGCUAUAGAAUAUUGGCGGAUCAUGCACGCAUGAUAACCACUUGUCUGGCCGAUGGCAUGCUCCCAGAUCAGAACCAAAAACUUCGCCGUGUAUUACGCAAAGCUUUAAAUCUAUCAGAGCACGUCUUUGCCCAGGAGAAUCUAUUGUCCCGCCUAGUGCCCAUUGUAGUAGAGACUUUGGGUGAAGCGUAUCCUGAAAUGUCCAUAAAGCAAUCAGAUGUCAUUGAGUUAAUUAAUCACGAACAUGAUGUGUACAAAAAUCUAAGGGAAAGUUCAUCGAAGGCAUUUGCUGAGGUUCUCACCGAAUUUCCCAAAUUGGAUGAUAUCGAUCUAAUGGAAUGUCCGGGAUUUGUUCCAGCCUAUCGUGAAUUUCAGGUGCAACGCAGUAAAUUCAAUAAUAACACCAUACCAGGUGACUUUCUCUACAAACUGACAGACACCUAUGGCUUGACCGAGGAGAGUUUCGUUAAAUUGGCUGAGCUGGAGAAUAUGAACUGUGAUUUGGAACGUUAUCGGGCAGAGGUAGCCAUGGCCAAGACGAGAAUGAAAAAGGGUCGAGAAAAUGUCGCUCACACUGAUGAUGAUGAUAGCAUAGCCGAUGCUCAGGUUCAACUUACCCAACGACUGUCCAUCUCCACGGAUAAUAGCCCAAAAUAUAAUUAUCACUAUGAUCAGACAAAUGAAUCCUAUGAAUUUCCCCAGCUUAAGACUCGAGUUUUGGGCUUGUUACUCAAUGCAAAGGAGGUCAAUUCUAUUGGUCAUUUGAAACAAAGUGAUACCAUAUCAAUUGUCACCGAGGCCAGUAACUUUUACUAUGAAUCUGGUGGCCAGGAAGAGGAUAAAGGGCAUUUGCUGGUGAGAAGUAAGGAGGAGGAUUCCAAAAAACAAUUACAAGUGGAAAGUGUUAAGCAUCUCAAUAACUGUGUAGUACAUAUUUGUCGACUUGGCCCAUCUGAAACUGAACCGACUCAAAGUGAAGAGUUUCAACUGUCUUUAGGCGAUGAAGUCGAACUGUUAGUAAAUGCCGAGCACAGGCAGCUCAAUACCUGCCAUCACACAGCUACUCACCUGUUAAAUGCGGCGAUACGUUGCCUGUUUCACAAAGUCACCUAUCAAGUGUCCAGCUCGGUUACCAGUGAACAAUGUAAAUUAGAAUUAGCCGUGCUGGGCAAGCGUCUGCAAAAGACGGAUGUUGAACUCAUUGAAGAUCUGAUUAACCGCCUCAUUUGUCUUGGUGUUCCUGUCGAGGUGGAUCAAUUGAAUGCCGCCCAAGUUCUACAACAGAAUGAUAUAACAAUGGUUCCUGGUGAAGUCUAUCCCGAGCAGGGAUUGCGCUUGGUUCAAGUCGCAUCGGAUGAACUGAAAUUGCUAUCCAAGGAGCUUUGUUGUGGCACUCAUGUGACGAAUACCCGUGAAUUAUCCUGCUUUUGCAUUGUGAAUUUAAAGCAAACAAACAGGGCCCGUUUCGCCUUCACAGCUGUCGCGGGACAAGCAGCGGAACAUGUCCUGAAGACAGCCGCUCUGCUGCGUCAUCGGGUCGAUGUGCUUGCUGAGCAAUUCCAAAAGGAUAAGCUAACUAAUGCCACUGAAGUGGAAUUGCAGACGAUACGCCAUAAUAUGUUACAUACGGAUAUCAAAUUGCCAUAUGCCUUCAAAAUGGACACUCUGGAGAGAAUCAAUGAGAUGCUCAAGAGAUUGAAGGAAACUUCAAGGACAACGCUCAAAGAAUUCGUGGAGGUGGAAAUGAGAAAUUUAAUAAUGGAAAAGCCACUGGACACACAUCCAUUCAUAUUGCACUACAUCACUAGUUCUGCUUUGGUGGAGGAGAUACCCCUGCAGAGAGCCACCAAACUAUGCACAGAUCGUCCCAUUUUGGUUGUUAGCAUGUGUGAUGGCUACGUCAAGGCGAGAUGCUGUGUACCUCAGUCUUGCCUUACAAAGGAUUUCAAUGCUACCACCUGGUUAAGUUCAUUUGCUGUCACUUUUAAGGGUCAGGUGGCUGCUCCGAAGGGCCAAAAUUCUCAGUUGGUCUGCAAUAUGAAAUCGCGCAAAGUUUCUAAUCUCUUUGAAGAGCAAUUGGAGCAGGCUCUAACGCAGGCCAAUAAAUUUGCCAAGCUUUAUUUGUGAUUGAAGCAAUCGAGUUGAGUUCGGGUUUGAAUAAAAAAAAAACAAACGCUUUAAUAUUAGUCACUAAUAA